AAUUAGUGAUUACUGAAUACCAUUCACAUAUACUAUUAUUCAAGUAUUUAGGUAUUCUUCAAUAUCAGUAUUGCAUAGUUUUUACGCGUUAAGUGGCAAGUGUACAACAGCGCAACUCGUAGUUCGUACUCCAAACUGCCGAAAUCCGCGCGGUUCGCAUUCAACAACAAUAAUAACAAUUACCUAUAUUUAUGAUGGUGGCUUUCACGUAUUUUGCUGAUAAGCAGAUAAAACAACAACAGACGAAAAUAAUAACAUGGCUUAAUAUUGUACUAUAGUUUAAGAGGAUUGGCUGCUCUCAGUGCUCUCACUUCUUACCCGCCCAAUCUUUCCGGCACUUCGGCCACAAUACAGAUAUUCGCUAACCGUUGUGUGCCCAACGCGGUUGUUUACAAAUUUGCAAUAUUAUUGUUAAAAAAAAUUUUUAAUUCAAUUUUUUUUGCGCAGGAACAAAACGGCGUCUUAAUUUGUCGCGGUUUUCUUUUGUUCCUUCGUUUUCAAACGUUUGCUUGUUUUUAUUAGUUAGUUGACGACGGUAUAUCCGCAGACAUCACCAUCAAUACUACGCGUGCAACACAAUUGUUAAUUGUCAGUUGUCUUAGCUAUGGCCGAUCAAAAACCAAAUGAAAAUCAAAAUUCUGAAUUUUGUAAGCCCAAGGAUCCCAAAGAUGUUGAAAAAGCUCAAGAAGAGUGUAUGAAGAAACAAUAUCAAAUGAAAUCAAAUUGGCCUCCAGUCAGUGGUCAUUCUGCCCUCCUCCAAAAACGUUUAGCUAAAGGGCAAAAAUUUUUUGACUCUGGUGAUUAUCAAAUGGCCAAACAGGCAGGUAAUGGUAAUAAAUUGAUUAAUAAUCGUCCUGUGCAACAAGUAUUGGGUUUUGGUACUGGAGAUACCAUACCGACACCAGACACAGUUCCAGCCCGCAAGACCUCCAUUAUUCAGCCAAAAUUUAACUCAAGUUCCACUCCGUCAUCCACUACGUGAUUUACAUGUCUUAAUGGGUUAUUAAUAUUUAUUUACAUUUAUUUUAUUCAGUAAAUUAGUUCAAUCAAGUUUUGAAUCAUUUUAUUUUUGUUAAUGUUAAGACUUGUGGCCCAUGGAAUAAACAAACGAUGGCCAUUUGAUUAAGCUAUUUUUUUUUAUUUUUUUUUUAAAAUUAUUUUAUCUUCAAUAAGUAAUUAAAUUUUGUGUAUUAUUAAUUGCAUUAUAUUUCAACUCUAUUUUAACGCUCAUAAUAAAGCAUUUUUCCAACAAAGUA